AUGCUACCUUGGGCCUGGAGGCUCCUGAUCUUGGCUUCCCUUGUGCAUCACGCAGGUAGGCAGCCUGCUGCAGCCUCGACACGGCUUGAAGGGCAGGAUAUAUGCAUGCAUUAUGUUCGACUCUCGCACCCGCCACAGCUUAGAGCUCAGGGGUCCCCGGCAGUCAUUGUCCCCACCGGCCCCUCGCUUCCCCUUCCUGCAGUGGGCGCCGAUAAGUUGGUGUACCAUGCCAUAAUCACCCUCGUGGGCUGUCCCUACUCCCUCCUGCCCUCUGAGACGAAGGCCGUGUCAGAUGCCUUGAGCAGCAUGAUGUAUGACCCCUGGACCUUCAGCAGCCAGCAGGGUUUUAAGUCUGGGGUCGAGCCCACCAUCUCCACCACCAACCCCACCUCCCUCUGCGCCACGGCGGCAGACUUUCCGGUCCCCACCGCCGCCCUGUGCUCCGUGAACUGCCAGGGCUGGGUGGAUGCAGGCGCCGGGAGCACCGUCGCUCCAGAGACAUACACGGCGGAGGGCGCAAUUUGCUGCAACUGCAACCUGGACGCCGAGACCAGCCCCUUAGCCCCUCCCCCCGCCAGCCGCCGCCUGUUGCAGGACAGCAGUACGGCCUGCAACUCCAUCUUCCACACGGUGGAGCCCGACAUGGCGGCCUGCAGCGAGGCCUGCUUGGAGAAGCAGCGCAACGCCCCCGGGUCGACCAUCAGCCCCACCACCUACACCAAGUCUGGCGGGAAGAUCGACAAUGGCACGCUCAUCUCCGCGCUGCAAGCCGGCGGCCUGACGCUUGAGGGACUCCACGUCCUCUUCUCGGGCACGGGGUCCAUCACCAACCUGUCCCCAGUACCGGAGCCCGGGAUCAAGACCUGGCAGGAGCUGGAGGCUGACCGCCUGGCGGCCCUGGCCUCCGAUCCCAGCCUCGCGGCAGCGGCUGCGGGGCUGGAGGAGGGGGGCCGCAGCGGCAGCCUUCGGAGCCUGGGCAAGAGCCUCUCCUCCGUGCUGCGCAUCGGUGGGGGAGGGGCGCCCCGGGCCGAGGCCCCCACCGCAGAGGGCACGCCGGCGGCGCACGCCCCGGUUUCCACCCCCGAAGAGGAGCUGGCAGACGAGGAGCUGGCCCGCCGCCAGUUGUUCACCAUGUCCAGCAGCGACGGUGGGGCUGCCGGCCCAUCGGGCAGGGCGCGACCCUCUUGGAGCGGCAAGGGGUCCAGGAGGUUCGCGUGA